AUACAUUAUAUUGCCAAGAAGUAUUGAGACACCCCUCCAAAUCUUUGGAUUCAGAUGUUCCAAUCACCUCCAUGGCCACAGGUGUAUAAAAUCAAGCACCUAAGCAUACAGACUGCUUCUACAAACAUUUGUGAAAGAAUGGGUCGCUCUCAGGAGCUCAGUGAAUUCAAGUGUGGUACCGUGAUAGGUUGCCACCUGUGCAUUAAGUCUAUUUGUGACAUUUCCUUACUACUAAAUAUUCCAUGUUCAACUGUUAGUGGUAUUAUAACAAAGUGGAAGCAACUGGGAACAGCAGAAACUCAGUGGUAGGCCACGUAAAAUGACAGUGCGGGGUCAGCGCAUGCUAAAGCAUACAGUUGAAGAGAACUCUUAAGACAUUGACGUAGCAAGACAUUUAGGACAAUUUCAUGCUCCCAGCUUUGUGGAAACAGUUUGGGGAUGACCCCUUCUUGUUCCAACAUGACUGCGCACCAGUG